GAAAAAACAAAAUGGCGGAGUGACAGUAGGGUGAGCAAGCAAGUUUGUCAUGCAGGCAAUUCUUGGGAAUUUUGGAAAAUAUAGUGGACAUGACAACUGAAAGUGUUGCAGAAAGCUCGCUCCUUGGGCUGUCAAGAGUUACAACAGUUAAUGAUGAAGAAUAUACUUCUCAUUAUUGGCCGAAACUGAAAGGUGCGAUUUUGUUAAUUUUACAACAAAAUCCUGGAGAAUUUAUUCCGAUUUCGUAUGAAGAAAUGUACAGCACUGUAUAUAAAUGUGUAUGCCAGCAGUACUCUGAUAGAAUGUACAACAAUCUGAUGGAACUUGUGACUUCCUAUCUCAGACGUGUUGCUGAAGAACUGCAGGUAACCCCAGCAGAAGCUUAUCUUGAGAAGUUUAAUUUUGCAAUGGCACAGUUCUUCCAAGCAGUUAGUGGAAUAGUAGCCAUCUUUAGUUAUAUGAACCGAUUUUAUGUGUCACCAAAACUUCAUACUGAUUUGAAAGCAGAAUUGUGGAAAGUCUUCACGGAACUUGUAGCUGACAAUCCACUCCUGUUCAGAGUGAUUGAUGAGGUUUCAUCUAAGCCAUUUGGCAUCAACCCACAGAUAAUGAUGUCCAUAAUUAAAGGACUUUAUUCACUCAAACCAGAGUUUUCUGAACGCAAUCCAAUGCUCUUCGCCCGAUUUAUUCCCAACAUUUUACCACCAACACAAUGUGACCAGCUACCAAGUCUAAUUCAAGAGGACCGCUUGUUACAGGAGGACCUGGUGACGAGCCAGGGCUUUUCAAGAGAGGACACGGGGAAGAAAAGAAGAGGAGAAGAUUUCCAAGGCAGAUAAGAAACGUCAAAACGCCAUACUCUAUUUUUAAAUCUAUUGCAACUAUAUCGUGGAAGUAAUUAAAUUUCGAGGAAAGCGUGAAGGCCCAACGAACAAGAAGAGGCAACCAACCGACCGGUUCCGAAAGCAAUUUAGCGAAAAGGACAUCUCAAUUUGGCUAUACCUCAGCGUAAACGGAAGCACAGUGGUUCUGCACCAAAUCCUUCCUCCUUCACUUAUCGGGUUCUUUUCAGUUCGCCAGAAGUCAAGGACGGCUCGCUAUUCUUUUGUAUUUCUGGAAACACAAGGAAUUCUUAAAUGUGGAAAUUUUAUGUUAGCUUAAGGAACCUUCAGGGGCACCAAUCUGUUUAUUUUACUCCUAAGAGGAAAAAACCCCGCUUCAUUUUUACAUGGGAGUAUCCCAUGGCUUUUGAAUAUGUGCCUAGUGUUGCAGACUGCACAAAGAAGUUCAUUUCUGUUGACAAUAUUGAGGUGAAGGUAAAUUCUGAUCUUCAGUGGUAGAGUAGGCAAUGUAAUCCGUAAUGAAGACAUCCAUUUGUCAAUUGAAACCUAGAAGUGAAUCUACAUAUCAAUAUUCUCGCAAUUAAAAAGUAUUUUGUGUCAUA